UUCCAAUAUUUUGGAGUUGAAAAAUGUACAUGUCAUCGCUUUAAUUUUUGAGUUAUAUACAAUCAUGUCGAAUGAUGCGUAAAAAUAUAUACGUCAUCGCUUUGAAAUUCGAGAUAUUUACGAUCAUUGUAAAAAGUCGCACCUUUCCUGAGAUCAUCUAUUUACAGUUUUCAUUAUAACUUUGGGUUGACAACCCUAUUUUUCGUUUUUUUCAGUGAAUUUUAUUUCUGGAAGUCGUACCUUCCCAAUGGGGAACAAAGUUCGUACGUAGACACGAUACUCCCUCGUGAAGAUCUUAUUACUAACAAUAUCGUGCUUGUUUGCUCUCACACCAACAAUGAAAAAUAGAGCAAAUAGAUAGGGUAGUAAGAAAUAGAAAAAAUUUGAAAUAAAAAUAUGAAGGAAAAACGUGCUUAAUCCACCUAUCAGUGAGAUGAUACCUUUUUUAUCAAUCCGCAUGUGUUUUUGCAUGAAUAUUCUUCGGUGUUUUAGUUCUCAUGACAUUAUUUUUAUGACCGUCGUUCUAAGCGGCAAUUUGAGAUUUUAAUCACUCAUUGCUCUGUAAUGGCGAAACUGAAAAACGGAUCGAAUUUGAAUCUAAAAGUGUGACAAUCGGUUUACGGUACAAUGAGUUUACGAUUAUUUAAGAUAUUUCCAGAGCCAGUAUUCAGGAACCAGUAUAACCCAAACUGAUUCGUAUGGCCAUAUGACGAAUAAAUUGCAAUAGCUUUGAGUCCAACUUUAAAGCUUUUAGGGAUUGUCAUGUUCUAUUUCCGUUUGAAUUUUAAAAAUUAAUCAUUCUGUUAUUGUGGAGUAGGGAGAAGCCCAGCUAGUUCAGCUAGUUUAGUUAAAACUUUCUCUCCAACAGGCAUACAACCUCCUCAUCUUUUGCAGAAACAGAUUAGAAUGAUCCAAAUAAUACAUAAUACAUAAUAACUUAAAACUAAAACUUAGAAAUUAUACAAUGAUGAGAGAAAACUAAUACUAUAUAUAGUAUUCUAGUUACUAGAACCUAUCGAGACAGAUAACUGAGAAACAGCUUUUUAGAACAUUACGAAAAUGAUGAAGUCAAAUACAUUGGAGCAAUUAUUAAAUAGGCGACACAUACUAGUCAAAGGUUCGUAAUAACCGUAGUUAGUUCUAGAUGAGAGUAUUCUAAGAAAUGGUUGGAAACGAAGAGUACGGCGAUGACUAUCUAAGUGUAACAAUUGUAGAAGAUCUGAACAGUCUAUACGAACUUGUAGUAAAUCAGUGACAAAAAUUACCUUACAGGAGUCACGUCGAACAGAGAGCAAAUCUAGCUUAAUCAGCUUGCAACGAUCUUCGUAGCUCGGAUGGUUCACGAAAGACGACGAAGUUCAAAACGGACGAAUUUGCGUUGGCGUUGAAUGAUUCGAAGGUAAAAUGGAUGCAUACUCUAAAGUUGAGCGUAUCAAGCUACAGUUAAUUAAUUUUGUCUUUGUUGAUUUGGCUUUUUUGAGAAAACGAUUGAGCUUUGAGAAAUGAUUCGAUACUGGAACCAGAAUUCGAAAAUCGGUGUAGUCGAAGUCAGAUAAAUUCACCUGAGUAGCUGUAUAGUUUACAUUUGUUUCAAAAUGUUUGAAAAUCAGUGUAGACAUCUUUGAGAAAUCGUAGUGCGAAUUGAAUCCGAAUCGAAAACUGAAUACCACUAAAACUGAACUAUCCAAAUCAGCAAACCCGAUAAACCUGAUUAAUUUAUGUGAAAAAAACAUUUUUAUAUUAAUCACCCCGAGUCCCCUAAAACGGAAGAUCUGACUGAAAAACAAAAUGUGUGAUAGGAUCCUUUGAAUCUUAGAUGAUUCUUAGAUUUCCAUAUCAUCCUGUAGUUCCGGAACCAGAAGUCAGAUCCAAACAUAAUUCAGGAACCCUGUUUGGGACCAUACGACUUUUCAUAUGAAUCUGAGUUUGUAGAAAACAGUUGAGCCAUCUCCGAGAAAAUUGAGUGAACAGUCAAACUUUUGUUCUCGUCGCAUUCGGACGUGUUUUCGUAACUGCUCCACGUUUCUACCAAAGUCAAACGUGCUCAGCCUACGCCCUCCGGACGCAUUCAAAAGUUUCUUUUCGACACUCGGCUUCUCUCAAAGCUCACCUUUCAUGCAAAGCUCACCCUUUCGGGUUUCGUCCGACGCGAGAGCACUCACGUCUCUUCACCCGGUACAACUACUUCUAAAAUCAAUUGAACCAACACACUGACGAAGCUGACUAGUGCAGUGAGGAACAAAAAGCUUUCGGUGUCAUCGAAACCAUCGAUAAUGGCGUCUCCGUCUCCACGUCUCACGUCUCCACAACGAAAUCUUGGGAGAACUGGCAGCACUUCGCAAAGCCUUUACGGACUUCACCAACAGACACCCGAAUAGUCAAAAUAAUGCUGUUGUCACAACGGCAAAAAAACCAACAUAAACCUUUAUCUCAUACGAACUUCCAUUUUCGGAACCUGAAAAUAGCGUCCCCGAACGCGGGCGAGCAAAAAUCCAAGAGAGGAGAACUUACAGUAAAUCCCGUAGCCCUCUCCCAAGCAGUGCCACCUCCGACAUUACUGACACAUGUGGUUCAAGGAAAACAAAACCGGCUAUAAAGUAAAACUCAACAAUAAAUUUUUUCGACGAAGAAUAAUAAAACGAGUACUAUAUAAUACUCCCUCAAACCAAUACCAUGAAAACAGCUAUCAAACUACGUCACCCGAUAAGCACCAAAAAACAACACACUGCCCAGCACAAAACUUUCAGAUGGACCAAACGAAACAAGAAACAGUUCCCAACAAAGAGGCAUAUUUCGACCAACACCCCUGCAACAGCAGGGAGACACUAACCUAGACCAACAACAACGAAAACCCUCUCUCCGACCAGCUCUUCCGCUGGGUAAUUCCAGAACAACCCGAUGAACCCCAGGCAGCGGGACACGCAGAGAGCCAAUCUGGCACACACGUGAGUCCAGUACGUCGAUCCAUCCACAUAGAACAGCAUACUGUUCCUACCUUUCUACCAGAAAUCACAGACUACUACCACUAUGACGAAUCAGACAGAGUAGUAGAAAUUGAUCGUAAAGACACUGAAUCGGUCCCUCUACCAGUUUCGGAGGGAUCAGCGGCCGAUAAGGAGUCCUCCACAAACGACCAGACACCGGAUGACCGAUGUAUUUUAGCACUGCAGUGGAACACUAAUGGUUUUUGAAACAAUUUAGGCGACGUCCAAAUACUUAUAAACCAGUACAAACCCAUCUACUUGGCACUGCAAGAAACUCACACAAAAUACGACACCAACCUGAUCCCAUGGUUCGGGUCCUAUUAUUCAUGGGAAGGAAAGCAGGGAAACAAUACUUACCAAACAGUCCGCACCGAUAUUCCUUCCUCAACACUCUCACUCGAUACAGACCUACUUACAGUAGCCAGAACAAUAUACCAGCCAGCAAAAAUUACCAUUGUUUCCAUCUAUCUCCCGAACAAGACCAGAAACAUCGGAAAAGAACUAAAACACAUUGUAAAUCAAAUCCAAGGCGAGGAAAACGACGCCGUCGUUCUUAAUGACGGAAACACAACAUUCAUGCGUGGUACAUCUAAAUCCGUUUUAGAUCUGACCAUUGUCUCUAGUACCAUCGCAAAUUCCUGCGGAUGGACGGUGCUCAAUGAUGUCGGGAACAGCGAUCAUCAUCCUAUAACACUGAGCUAUGACUGGACCCCUCCAGACACAUCCCGCCGCCCUAGAUGGCUGUAUCAUCUGGCAGACUGGGAGAAAUAUCAGGAACAUGUUACUACUUCAAUAGAAACCAACUCUACCUACUCUCCGGAAGCACUUUGCAAUAUUAUCAACACAGCAGCCGAACAAUGCAUACCGCGCACAAAUGGUAACCCACCGAAGCGUGCGAUUCACUGGAAACAGCUGGAACGAUUUCUUGGAUGGAAUAUCACCUGAUUCAACUACCACCGAGCUCUGGCGCAGAGUAAAUGCUUUCAAUGGGAAAAGGAGAUCUUCCGGUUUUACACUAGAAAUAAAUGGCAACCUCACCAAUGAUCCACUCUCAAUAGCCAACGAGAUGGGAAAGCAUUUUGCCUCACUAUCGUUAGAUUUAGUACUUCAUCAAAGCUUUAUACAGUACAAAAGAGAAAUUGAAAGGAAUCCCACUUCCUUUUCUCCGGACUCCGGACAAAUCUAUAAUAAACCUUUUACCGGCAAAGAGCUCAACUACGCUCUGGCAACAGUACGCGGAAAUCCCCCCGGUGAGCGACCAAAAGGUUAAAGCCUGGGUAAAAUAAAUGAUAUUAAUAAUAAUAAUAAUAAUAAUAAUAAGCACGCGGAAAGUCCGAAGGUCUCGACGGUAUAGGUUACCCCCUACUUGCACAACUUCCCCCGGAGGGAAAAAAGGUCUUACUGGACUGUUUGAACACUAUUUGGAAAAAUGGAAAAUCACCAACCAACUGGAAGACCGCUCUAAUUUUUCCGAUUCCAAAAAAAUGCGAAAGUACACGCUCAGUGAAUGACUUCCGCCCCAUAUCGCUGUUGCCCUGCAUAGGAAAAACAUUGGAAAGAAUGAUCAAUCGUAGGCUAACCGCACACCUGGAGGAAAAACAAUUGCUCGACGAACAACAAUUUGCCUUUCGCCAGGGCAUGGGCACUGGGAUUCACCUAGCAUCUUUUAGAGAAGUGGUAAAACAAGCCAUCGAAGACGAUUUACACGUUGAUUUUGCCAUUCUUGACCACGCUAAGGCAUACAAUACGGUGUGGCGGGAAGGUGUCCUAAGACAACCGGGAUAACCAGAAAUCUAUUUCAAAGUAGGAAUAGGAGGCAGCCAAUCGCAAACCUUUCAGGAACUGAAUGGCAUCCCACAAGGCUCAGUGCUAGCAGCCACACUGUUUAUAGUGGCCAUGAAUUCAAUGUUUAAUGUAUUGCCGAAAGGGAUAUACGUUUUCGCAUAUACUGAUUACAUUAUAAUUGUCGUCUCUGGCAAGAGCGCCAAACGAAUAAGACGUAGAUUACAGACUGCAAUCAAAGCUAUCAGUCAAUGGGCCAAAGCUACAGGCUUCAACAUCUCAGCACAAAAAUGUAGUAUCUCCCAUUGCUGCCACAACAAUCACCGAGCAGAAGGAAACCCAGUCCAACUAGAUGGCACAAACAUCCCUUUCCGUCGCCAGCCAAAAGUCCUAGGUAACACAAUGGAUCGUCAUCUUACAUUCAUCCCCCACUUUCAAAACAUAAAAAAGGACUGUGAAAGCCGCCUACGCCUUGUGCGUACCAUCAGCAAUCGUCACCCCAGAUGGAACCAUCAAACUGCACUGGAGAUUAACAAUUCCCUAAUCAACAGUCGCAUAUUUUACGGCAGCGAAAUCACCUGCUUAAACAAGAGUGGUAUGGAAACUGUUAUGUCCCCUAUGUAUAACCGCGGAGUGCGCAUAGUUUCAAAUCUACUUCCGAGUACUCCGGCAAAUGCCGUCUGUGUAGAGGCCGGACUUCCACCUUACCGGUGGUUUUCCGCAAUUACGCUCUACAAACGCAUAAUUGAUUUCCUAGAGAAGACUUCUGGUGAACAGUAUACUUUAUCGCGAAUAGCAAAGGAGAUCUACCGAUCCUUUACGGGCUCGAAUAUGCCCCCUCUAGUGAGAAUGCGCUCUGUUCGGAAAUUAGAGUGGUACCAAUAUAUAGAUAUAUUGUAGAGAAUAGAUAAAUGAAUGUAAAUAUAUAUAUAUUAAGUCAAAACUAGUAGUCUGUUAAAAAGUUACAUAUGAACAUAACAACGAUAACGAUAACAACGAGACAAGAUCGAGGCGCUAGUUUCUAUGGUUUUAUUAGUUACUAUUGCUAAAUGAAAAAUAUCAGUCAGUUUAGAAGCAGACCUUGAAGAGAGCGGUCAUAAAAAUAUAACAAGUUUUCGCUUGAAAUAAAUUAUUUAAAUUUUGUUAAAGAAAAGUAAAAUAGAAGUGUAUUCGGAACAAUGGGAGGACAAAAUAAACCAUCAACUCACGACAAUGGCACAGUCGGAAGGAAGAAAGAUGUCUGCAAGGAUCGGGAUACCGAAUCAAAAAUCAGAACGAAAAGACGCUGAUCUACUGGCUUUGGUAGAACAGUGAAAACUUCUAAAAUGUGAGUAAAACGAAAUAUUUGAAAUGUAUGCAAGGUAAACGUUCAAGAAUGGUCAAUUUUUUAAAAUGAUAUGUUGAAAUUCAUAAUUUUUCCCCCAAUGAGGAUUUCGUUACCUAGCUUUUAUUUCAAGUUUUUUUUUGUUCAAUAUUUGCAAGAUAUGAAUUCGUAUCUUCAAGUAAGAUUACCAGAGCAGUCACGCUUUAAAUGAUUUCCUUAAAUAAAAAAAAAUUAAAAAAAAUAAAUGUCGAACUUUUAGUAGCUCUGAUUUCGAAUAAUGUACAAUAAUUCCUCGGAAUAUUUUGGCUUCGAGUGGCCUUCAAUCAAUAAUUUAUUGAUUCAAAUCACAUUUCUCGAAGUAGAAUUAGUGGGGCUUCGAGUGGCUCCAAUUUCAAAACAAUUAAUAUUCAUUCCUCUGAAAAGGAAUUUUUUGGCUUCGAGUGGUCAUCAAUUAGAACAUUUCAAAAUUUAAAUUUAUCUGAGUGGAAACAGUGAAGCUUUGAGUAGCUCUGAAUUCUAACGAAUUCCAGUAAUUCCUCUGAGUGGGAAUAUAUUGGCUUCGAGUGGCCAUCAAUUAAAACAUUUUACAAUUUAAAUUUCUCUGAGUCGAAAUAGUGAAUCUUUGAGUAGCUCUGAACUCUAACGAAUUCCAGUAAUUCCUCUGAGUGGGAAUAUAUUGGCUUCGAGUGGCCAUUAACUGAAACAUGGCCAUGGUUCAAAUUUCUCUGGGUGGAAAUUGUGUAAUAUUCAGUACUAACGAUUUUCAAUAAUUUAGCUUCAUGGAAAUAUGAUGGCUUCGCGUGAUCAUUAAUAAAAUAAUAAUAAGCAUUUCUCUGAGUGGAAAUAACGGGAUUUCAAGUGGUACCACCAACUAAGAAUGUAUUUUUAUAAAGCGUACGGUAGAAAUGUAAAUCGUUCUAUAAAAUAAAAAAUGCUCAUGCAAAAGUGACCCAGAUUUCGAUAAUAAUUUUGACCAAUUAGAAUAUUUAAAAAAAAACUCGAGUGUUUUACUACGUUGUUUGUUUUUAGUAAUAUGAAGACUAUUACAAAAAAACAAGAUAUUGCUUUUAUCACAUGCAUUGGCAACAGAAAAGAAACGUACUGUUUCAUUGGCAAAUAAAUUGAAGAAAUUACAAACCAAUAAACACCAAUUACAUCAGCUAGCAGAUCCAGUGAACCGUGACGAUAAUAUCGAUCAACACCAAAUUUUACGCAAAGAUCAGAACUCAAUGGCCGAUAACUCCCUAUUCCUAAAUUCAAUUAACAAUCUAUCAUUCGCUUCACUGCAUGUUCCGGAGUGUAAAGCAAUUGACAAUGAGGAAGAAAUUGAUAGAAAAUCUUUUGAGCAGUGGAAGGAACUACUUGACGCUUCUAUGAUACCCGGUGUAGCUGAUGAGCAAAUAAAGUUUAGUAUAUUUAAAAUAAAAGCAGGACCCAAGUUGCUUGACAUAUUUGAAGGAACGAAGAACUCUAUAAAUUUACCACCCGAAGAUGAAAAACCAUAUUCGAAUGCGAUUUCUCGACUAAAAGAGUUUUUUGGAUCUCGUGAUUAUUGUCGAAUGCAGCGCCAAAAGCUUCGAUCAAUGGCACAAGGCUCCGUCGAAUCUGACUUGAAAUACGUAAAAAGAAUAGUUAACGUUGCUAAGCUUUGUGAUUACAGCGAAGAUGUCAUGAUAGAAAACGUAUUAGACGUUAUCCAGUCUCAUGCUAUAAACCCUGUCGUUAGGGAAAUCGGUCGAAAAAAAAUGAGAAAAUGUGGUUCUUUGGCUGAUCUAUUAGGAAAAGUUCGUGCUUGUGAGAUAAGUAGAAUAAAUGAAGAUUUGUUUGCAAAAAACCAUCAACAAACAAAUCAUGCAGAAUUAGCUGCAGUGUCGACCCAUACAGAGAAUGGAUUUAAGUCUCGUUCCCAGAAUCGUUUUCAUAGUAAAGAUGGUUUCCCAAAAAACGUAUUUGCAAAACAGCAGAAUGGAACUUGUAAUCCAUGUUGGAGAUGCACAAGCACAUAUCAUCUACCCGCAGCUUGUCACGCAGUUGAUAAAUUCUGCAGGAACUGCCAAAAGAAAGGACAUAUUGCAAGAGCUUGUCGUGAAACAGUUCCAGCUCCAUCAAAACGAUAUAAUAAUAACAACGAUAAUCCAGUACCAAAAGUCCAUAAACUUUUGGCAAUUACUAAGGAUAGUGAUAAUGAUGAUAGUGAAUCAAAUCCUCAAAAGUAUAAUGAAGUGUAUCGUGUAAAUGAUCUUUACAAACAUAAUGAUAAUGAGGGUAUUAUUAUCCCAAUAUCGUUUUUAAUUGAUUCGGGAGCUGAAGAUAACACUAUCAGUACAGAAUAUUCUAAUCGAUUAUUAACAAGUGAAUCCGCAAAAAAAAACCUUGCUUAGCAUGAAAAAGGGAUCCGACUUACCAUUAAAGGCUUACGCGUCUGAAAAUGCAAUUCCUGUAAUUGCAACAUUCGUAGCUGAACUAUUUGUUUCGGACGAUCGCCCGCGUUUUCAUGAAAAAUUUUAUGUUGUCGCUAACGGAAGAGCAUUGAUGAGUCGAAGUACAGCAAUCCGUUACAGUGUUCUACAAAUUGGAUUGAAUGUUCCUGUAUUUCAAUCUUCCAGUAUGCUUCUUAAAGGAGAAAUUCGAGUGAUAAACACAUCACAAGAGUUUCCAGUAUUCAAUGUACCACCUGUUAAACUAUCAUACGGUUCAACGAAACCACCAUCUAGAAACGUUUACACAAACAUUCCACCAGCUUUCAAAGAAGAAACAAAAAAAAAGACUUUUUGAUCUUUUGGCAUCUGGAAUCAUCGAAUUUGUCACUGAAGACAUGGACAGGUCCUUCUGUUCUUCUUUAUUAGUUGUGCCUAAAGGUAAAAACGAUAUCAGACUAGUGGUGGAUUUAAGGAACCGAAUAAAUGUAUUAUAAGAACUCCAUUUCGUAUGCUAUCUUUAGAAUGUAUACUGGCAGAUCUGUCGGAGGCUAAUUGGUUUUCUACAAUAGAUUUAACGAGUGCUUUUUUCCACGUGGUUCUUCACGAAGAUUCAAGACAUUUAACCACUUUUUUUGUCGGACAAGCAACAUACUGAUUUAAAAAACUUCCUUUCGGACUUUGUAAUGCUCCUGACAUAUUCCAAGAAAUUUGCCAGACUAUAGUUUUGGCAAACUGUCCAGGAACUCGCAACUAUUAAGACGACAUCAUUGUUUUUGGAAAGAAUAAAGCAGAGCACGACCAAAAUCUUAAUAACGUUUUAAGCCGAUUACAGGAGCAUAACGUGAAUAUAAAUAUUAAAAAAUGUUCAAUUGGUAAACAAUCGGUGAAAUUUUUGGGAUUUACUAUGUCACACGAUGGAAUGAAAAUAGAAGAUAGUAAAUUCUCCGCAAUUAAGCAAUUCCGUAGACCAGAAACUACAUCGGAGGUUAAGAGCUUCCUUGGACUCAUGAAUUUUACAGAAAGAUUUAUCCAGAACAGGGCGGCUAAAACAGAAAAACUUAGAAAUCUUGCAAAAGCUGUUGGAUUUUAUUGGAGUCAAGAUGAAGAAGAUGAAUUCCAUUUUCUUAAGAACGAAGCAUUACAUUACAAAGUUAGGAUAUUUCAACUACAAAGA